AUGUCCAAACAACUGCAGUUCAAGCUUGUCCUGCUCGGCGAGUCUGCCGUCGGGAAGUCCAGUUUGGUGUUGCGUUUCGUGAAGGACCAGUUCGAUGACUAUCGAGAAAGUACUAUUGGAGCCGCGUUCUUGACCCAGACUGUCACGCUGGACGACCAAACAACCGUGAAGUUUGAGAUAUGGGACACUGCUGGACAGGAGCGAUACAAGAGUCUCGCACCGAUGUACUACCGUAAUGCCAACUGCGCGGUGGUUGUAUACGACAUCACGCAAGCUGCGUCACUCGAGAAGGCACGAUCUUGGAUUCGUGAGCUGCAGCGUCAGGCGGAUCCGUCCAUUGUGAUUGCACUGUGUGGCAACAAAGCCGACUUGUCUGCACGGCGUCAAGUUUCGGAGGAAGAGGCGAAGAAGUACGCCGAGGAGGAGGGGCUCAUGUGGGCCGAGACUAGCGCGAAGACCGGAGAGGGUGUGCAAGAGAUCUUCACUGCAAUCGCCAAGAAGCUACCUCAGAAUGCUCCACCAUCUGCAAGAGGGGGCAGGCCAGGCACAUCGGCACGGACGGGCGUGGAUCUCACCAAGCAGGCGACUGGUGCCCCGGGUCAGAACGAGCCUUGCAACUGCUGA